UGCAGAUUCUGUCAUUGAGGCAAAGCAACACAUUUGUCUUAAGUCCGAGGUACCUACGCACCAGAUCUUUAUUCUUCGAGGAAAUAGUCUAAAGCUAGCUUUUGUUUACUUGGUACAGUAAAGUAAUCAUGUUCAAUGUCAAUAAAUUGACAUUAAUUACAGGCACUAAGAGAAAGUGUAAAAUAGAGAGACUGGCGAAACUGCGACAUAUAUUCAUACACACACGCGCGCUACUCAUAUAUAUAUUAUACUUGGUAACUUUCCUACAGCGUUUUCUUAAUUGAAACGUAGUGAGAUACUUUUUUUUUACAUAACCAUAAGCUGCGGUAAUCUGUGUUAAAGACGUAAAAUUCGACGUUAAUAUUAUUCUACCAAAUAGUGAAUAUAGAAGUAUUUUAAAAGUUGUGUUUACCCUGUAAUGGCAGGAUAUUUAAAGAGGAGAAAAUACACAAAAAUAAGAAACCUUUUAAUAUGCUUUUUAACGGCGAGAAAAAAUUAAAUAAAAUUCGCUUGAAGUCGGAAACUUAUUUUACUACUCUAUUUUCUAUAUUACAAGUAAACAUACUACUAUUUUGCUAUUCUUAUUUGGUCAAAAAUCAACGUCGUCUUCAACAAGAAAGAAAGAUUCAUUUAUACACGUCACAUUCAUACAUAUAUAUAUAUAUAUAUAUACACAUACAAUAAGUGAGUCUAAUGUAGUCGUUCGACAUGCGAGAAAUAACCAAAUCUCCUUCAAUGUACACGCAACUAUACUAAAUAAAAGACGCAUUAGAUAAAUAUAGUCCUACAUGGCUCUAAAAUGACGACGGGGUGGUUACGGCUGGACUGCCUUUGCUAAAUAAGCUCUGUGCGAUCGAAGUUCGCGGUGGGAUCACACACCAUCAUAAUAACAGGUAGCUUGAAGAAUUUGGCGCUUUUAAAGAGAACUUAGAUGGGAUUUCAGCAGAGAGCAGUAAUGGAAAUUUCCGAUUAUAAAGAAUGACAAAAAGAGAAAGUGUUUGUGAGAGAGGAGGAGGAGGAGGGGCUACGGCGACCGUUUUUACCAUUCUCCCGCUCAGAGAAGACUUAAUAGCUGACAGACGACUCUAAAAUAGUUAAUCAGCCACGAUUCUAUUAUUUGACAGAAAACAAGGUUAAAGCACCAGUGUUUGUUUUGAAAGGGAGCAAAUCAGAUCGAUAAGCAUUUUUUUACAUGUCGUUUUCUUCGAACACUAUCAAUGAUUGGAAGAGGUGAUUAUUUCGAAAUUUCAUUUAGGAAUUUCUUGAAAAUUGUGAAAUAAGAGUAUUUGGUGUAAAGAAAAAAUGAUUCCAAUUAAAUAACUGUCUUAUAAUGAAAACUGUUGUAAAGAGAAUCAAACGAAUUUCAACAUUAAUGAACGAAAUAUUUGCUAUUAUUACUGCAUGACAGCCAUUCCAUUUAAAAUACCAGUUUUAGGAAGUAAAUUAAGGGACUGCUAAUGUUCAUAUAAGAAAAAAAGGAAGCAUAAUAUAAAACUAAAAACGAAUGUGUAUAUAUAUAACUAAAAAGAAAAUAUUGGCUGUCAUUUGCAAGGUGCAGUGUUUUAUACAAUGAAAUUGUUACCCAUUCAUCUUGCCAAACGUGAUUGGUUUUCUUUUAAAACCACACACACUAUAUUCAGCCUAAAGACCAGUGCCUCCAUAAUCAGAAGUCUAUCAAGACACUGUGGAUUCUGCUCCAGUUACUAUGUCAGCAAAAACUAUCAAAAAGGAAACAGAUAUUGAUGAAGCAGAUACAGAGAAAAUAACUCAGAAUCCUGUUAUGUUAGAUUCUAACAUGCCCACCACAAAAGAAACUAUGACUGCUACAACUCAUUCCAUGGAAUUUGUUUUGGAUAACAAAAUGUCAUUUACAACUGUGCCUGAAAUAACCACCGGUGAAGAAUCGACAAACUAUGUACUUAUCAAUCUCCAAGAUUUCCAAAAUAUGGUAUGGAAUGACAUUGGCACGCCUUUCCUAGUUCUCUCAAAUGAAAAGGGUAAUAUGGAAGCAAAAGUGCUCUAUAGCAGUUCAGUAAACAUUGGUAAAACAUCUAAUAAUCUACAAGCAUUAAUUGAUACUACAUCUCAGACACAGAAGAUCAAAACAGAAAAACAAACUUCAAAAUCUACUCGACCUAUCACAUUAGUUAAAAAGCAGAGUCAUACUGAAUCAACCACUAAACACUCACUAGAACAGCUACAUCCAACCAUUAUAGCAAGUUCUGCCAACACUGACACAUCUCCCUCUCAAAAAGAUACUGAAGAUGACCCCGAUACGUUAUAUUCAUGCGACAGCCAAGAUUGUACAAAGAAAUUUACAGCCAUCAAUUGCAAGACGUACCACCCAGCCACACAUAAUAGCCAGAGGUCACUUGAAUGCCUUUAUGAAGGAUGUGGCAGGAAAUUUUCAUGGCCUGCUCAUCUAAAAUACCAUCAAUUGACCCACACAGGUGAAAGACAAUAUGCAUGUACUUCAUCUGGUUGUAAGAAAACAUUUUAUACUUCUCAACGUCUUGCUGUACAUAUGAGAACCCAUACAGGAGAAAAGCCAUUCCAAUGCCAGGAAGAAGGCUGUGAAAAGGCAUUUACAACUGCAGGGAAUCUCAAAAAUCAUAUUAGAGUACAUACAGGAGAACGUCCAUUUGUAUGCAGUCAUGCUGGAUGUAACCGAAGUUUUGCAGAGUAUUCUAGUCUUCGUAAACAUAAAUUAGUACAUACCGGUGAAAAACCCUUUGUUUGUUAUGAAUGUGGGAAGACGUUUUCUCAGAGUGGUAGCCGCACAGUUCACAUCAAGAGACACCACGGGCUUCUUUCUAAAAAAGUGAAGAAAGAGAUUGAACAGUUACCUUCAAAAGAAAAUUCUAGAACAAAAGAAAAUAGUCCAAAUAUUUUUGUUUUGAGAAAUUCAGAAGAGAAUGAAGAAAGCCUUUUGCAAUACCAAGACUUCCAAGGCAGUGAAUCAGUUGUAAUCACACAAGACAUGAGUGAUCACAUUGUCACAGUAACAACACAGCCAUCUGAAGACGAUGGCAAUCAAAGCCAUAUUGUAUUGUCGUCUCAUGAUAUACUUUCUACAGAAGUAUUAACUGAAAACAGUCUGACAAAUGUUCCACUGUCUCCUUCAUCUAAUGAUGCCAGUGUGAUGGUAGUGUCACAACCACAGGAGAUAGUCUCUCUUGGAAGCGGUUUCCAUAAUUCUCACAGCAGUAGUCAAGUGACAGACGAUAUGGUUUACAAUAAUGAACUUCUUCAGAGUGAUCUUGAUCAGAAAGAUCUAUCUGAAACUAUCAACCAACAAGUGCUUAACAUGUCACCUCAGCAACAGCAACUCCAUAAUCAAACAGCUACUAGUGUCUUACAUUCAGAAAGUCCACAGUCCCAUAAAUCCACAGUGCUUGAUCCAAUGUUGGCUUCCAAUGAAGAUGAAGAAGACUGUACAUCAACAGAAAUUGAAAAUCACUCACAACCUUUAUAAAGUUUAUAUAUAUAUAUAUGUAUAUAUAUAUAUAUAU